AUGAAGCUCUCCCUCAAUCUUCAAGAUGACCACCAAAUCCAAAACCCUCUCUUGAAGGCCAAACUACCCAUUUCAAUACUCAAUCAACCUUUCACUUCUAUCCUCACUACCACCACAACAAACUCCAUUUCUGACCUCACUCUUGCUCUAUCUACGAACUUCCCUACAGGCCCUUCUCUCAAGCUUACCUACACUCCAUCCACAACAACAACCAUUUCUCCUUUCUCUCUCUCUCUUAAAUCAGGCUUGGGCCUUUUUGGUUCUCCACACGAUUCCCCUCUUGUUUUCUCUGCUCAGUUUUCUCUCCCCAAUUCAAGCUCCAACUUGAUUUUACCUUCUUUCUCUCUCCAAUUCAAGCCACAAUUUGGCCAUUUCUCACUCCACAAAAGAACCACCACUCCAUCUUCAAACCCUAACUAUGAUCUCAAUUGUGGGUCCCAAACCACAAAUAGGCCCCAUUUGGAAUCUGGGUCACCUUCAAAAUCUGAACCUGGAAAUGGGUUUGCCUCAGAUGGGUCAUCAGGUUGGCAAGAAUUGAAAUUAGAGCCAUGUAAUGGUAAAGAGAAAGAGGGGUUUGUGAAUCAUAAUUACAUUGAUGAUGCUUAUGGAAUUGGGUUUUCUCCGGAGAGGCAAUUAAUGUGGAAAUAUGGAAAGAAGAGAGGGUUUUUUAGUGGAGUUGGUGUAAAGGCAAAAACAGCGUUGCCACUGACUAAAAGGGUAUUGAUGAAUUUGAGGUGGGCUGUGAAUUUUCCUGGUGAGUUGGGAAUAAAAAUGCCCUACUUGAUAGUGAAUAAGAUUGGGAUUGAGAGGGUUGAGGAGUUAAAGGAAGUAAAGAAGGAAAAAAGCAAUGAGAGUAAUUUGGGAGAUUUAGAGUUGUUGAAAGGAAUGUGCUUUUGGAUGACAAGGGAUUUGGAGGUGUUAGAGGCUGAGAAUAGGGAGAUGAAGCACUAUUUAGAGAAUAUGAGACUGGGAAUUUUGGCGAGGAAUUCGCGCAAAGAGAUCAAUGGUUUUGUUAAGAGAGUGGUGCCAGCUUCAAGUGGUAAUCUUGGUGGGUUUGAGCAGUGGAGGAGCAACAAAAAUAAUGGAGAAGGAAAUGGGCAAAGAGAAGAAUUGAAGAAGCCUGCAAAGAAGGUGACUGACUUGGAAAGUGAGUUGCAAAAAGCUAUUAAAGCUGCUUCCUCUUAA